GCCUGCCCGAAAAUGUUCUCCCGUGUUGUUGGGUUUCGAAGGAGUGCGGGACUUUGCCAUGAAAUAAUACAUUUUUACCCGUGAGGAAAUAAAAAACCAACCGCAUGAUUUUAAACUGAAGUUACUCACUUUCCCAUUAAGUGGUGAAACUGUGAUUUUGGGACACUCCAACGGGAAGUUUGUGUGAUCGUUUUUCCCGGAGUGAUGUCGAAUCCUGGGACUCGGAGGAACGGGUCCAGCAUCAAAAUCCGACUGACAGUAUUAUGUGCCAAGAACCUUGCAAAGAAAGACUUCUUUCGCCUGCCAGAUCCAUUUGCCAAAGUUGUGGUGGACGGAUCAGGUCAAUGCCACUCUACAGACACAGUCAAGAGCACACUGGACCCCAAAUGGAAUCAGCACUACGACCUUUACAUUGGAAAGACAGACUCCAUCACUAUCAGUAUAUGGAACCACAAAAAGAUCCAUAAACGACAGGGGGCAGGCUUCCUGGGAUGCAUACGACUUCUUUCCAAUGCUAUCAGCAGGCUAAAAGACACAGGAUACCAGCGUCUAGAUCUAUGUAAACUCAACCCCACGGACAGUGACGCAGUGCGGGGGCAGAUUGUAGUGAGCUUACAGACACGAGACCGCAUCGGCAGUGGAGGCCCUGUAGUGGACUGCCGAGGACUGUUGGAAAAUGAUGGGCCUGUGUUUGAGGGAUGUUUCAGUGAAGAGCCGCUGCCCUACUCUGACUCCACUGGAGCAGCGGGGGGCGGGAACUGCCGGCUUGAUUCCCCCAGUCAGGAGAGUCGUCUUCAGACCCAGCGAAUCAGAGGGCAGGACCCCAGAGGCCAUGGCCACACCCCUCAGAACAGACCUCAUGGGCACCAACCGCCUGACCUACCAGAGGGAUACGAGCAGCGAACAACAGUGCAGGGCCAGGUGUACUUCCUUCACACACAGACAGGCGUCAGCACCUGGCACGACCCUCGGAUACCACGGGACCUGGCCAGCGUGAGCUGCGAGGAGCUUGGUCCAUUGCCAGUGGGCUGGGAGGUCCGGAGCACCGUGUCUGGCCGGAUCUACUUUGUGGACCACAACAACCGAACCACACAGUUCACAGACCCACGACUACACACCAUUAUCAGCCAGCAAUCCCAAGCAAAGGAAUCGUCCCAAGCCCCCCAGAUGGAUGUGGGGGGUGAGGAGGGGGGAGGAGGAGGAGUGGGCAGCGGCGGAGGAGGAGGAGAUGGAGAUGUGGCAGCGCGCUACGAGAGAGACUUGGUCCAUAAAUUGAAGCUGCUCCGGCAUGAGCUGUCCUUGCAGCAGCCUCAAGCAGGUCACUGUCGCAUAGAGGUGUCCCGAGAGGAGAUCUUUGAGGAGUCGUAUCGGCAGAUAAUGAAGAUGAGGCCGAAAGACCUGAAGAAGCGUCUGAUGGUGAAGUUCAGGGGAGAGGAAGGCCUGGACUACGGUGGAGUGGCCAGGGAGUGGCUGUACCUGCUGUGUCAUGAAAUGUUGAACCCCUAUUACGGCCUAUUCCAGUACUCCACAGACAAUAUCUACACACUACAGAUCAACCCCGACUCCUCCAUCAACCCUGACCACCUCUCAUAUUUUCACUUUGUGGGUCGUGUGAUGGGCCUUGCAGUUUUCCAUGGUCACUACAUUAACGGGAGCUUCACGCUGCCCUUCUACAAACAGCUGCUAGGCAAACCCAUCCAGCUCAACGACCUGGAGACCACCGACCCGGAGUUGCACAAGAGCCUCGUCUGGAUAUUAGAGAACGACAUCACUUCAGUCCUCGACCACACAUUCUGUGUGGAGCACAAUGCCUUUGGAAAGUUUUUACAACAUGAACUCAAACCUAAUGGGCGUAAUAUCCCCGUCACGGAGGAGAACAAGAAAGAAUAUGUACGGCUUUAUGUGAACUGGAGGUUUAUGCGAGGUAUUGAAGCCCAGUUUCUGGCUCUACAGAAGGGAUUCAGUGAGCUCAUACCCCAGCACCUCCUCAAACCUUUUGACCAUAAAGAACUUGAGUUGAUCAUCGGUGGAUUGGGGAAGAUCGACCUUGUAGACUGGAAGACCAACACCCGCCUGAAGCACUGCACAAGUGAAAGCAACGUGGUGCGGUGGUUCUGGCAGGCAGUGGAGGCCUUCAGUGAGGAGAGGAGAGGACGCCUGCUGCAGUUUGUCACAGGCUCCACCAGGGUCCCCCUACAGGGUUUCAAGGCGCUGCAGGGCUCUACAGGUUCUGCAGGACCAAGGCUCUUUACCAUCCAUUUGAUAGACGCCAACACAGACAACCUGCCCAAGGCUCACACGUGUUUUAACAGGAUAGACAUCCCUCCCUACGAGUCUUACGAGAAACUUUAUGAGAAACUGCUAACAGCUGUGGAGGAGACCUGCGGAUUCGCUGUGGAGUGAUGAAUCCACAACCAAAACCAACAUACACACAGUCACACUUGAGCUUGCAAACAACUCUUUGACAUUUUACAUAUAAACACACGUAAGCAGAAUAUCAAGUAUACACAGAGUAUACAGAGUGGCCAAGCAUCACAAGAACACACACACACAGUCUCUUGCCACCUCUUCACCACCGAACUGUUGGGGGUUAAAGGAGGAAGCACAGCAGGAGAAGGGAAAAAAACAAAAAAAAAGUAUUUUAAAAUUUUUCAAAUGUUUUGAAGAAGCAUUUUUAUCCUUCAGUUUUAACAAGCUAUGAUGUCAUUCUUCAGAAUGUCUGACCACCACAGCGAAUUUGACUCGAAGUCGCACUCGAGUCUCCGGACAGAAUCGGCCAAUCACAUAUGAGCCUGCGAACAGAGACGCUUAAAUCAGAUGUGUAAAGAACAAGGCGGAGACUGAUUGUCUUUCUGUCUGAGAAGCUGACUGAUUGCCUAGAAUUCAUGCUUCAUGUUUAACCACUGUCCUGUAUCAGAGUGUGUGUGUGUGUGUGUGUGCGUGUGUGUGUGUGUGUGUGUGUGUGUGU